GUGACCGAUAAAGGAAAAUUUUCUCCCCGACUUUGAUGCCACAAACAAGUGAAUAGCGAGAGCUGCUCCCAUUUAAACCGCGAAAAACAGUGCAAAACUUGUGAGUUUCGGGUGAAAAAUAGUGCAAAAGUGUGACCCAGUGCACGGGCAACAUUUCGCGAUAACUUUCGUUUCAGCUCGAGUCUGACAUCUACACCCCACAAUGUCAGCUCAGCAGUUCUCUCUCCGGUGGAAUAACUACACCAACUACAUCACCGGAGCGUUCGAUUCCCUACGCUACGAGGAAGAUCUCGUAGAUGUGACACUCUGCUGCGAAGGGCGCAAAAUCCGUGCCCACAAAAUUCUCCUGUCAGCAUGCAGCGCAUACUUUAAGGAAAUCUUUAAGGAGAACCCUUGCCAACAUCCGGUCAUCAUUUUCAAGAAUGUUAAGUAUAGCGAUCUCAUGUCGAUCGUGGAAUUCAUGUACCAAGGCGAAGUCAGCGUGGUACAGGAAUCCCUGCCGUCAUUCUUGCACACGGCGGAGCUGCUCUCGAUCCGGGGAUUAACGGAUAACAGCGGAGACACAAGACAACAGCAAGCUCAACAGGCUACAUCGUCGCUAGCGCAGCAAAUCAUCCAGACGCAGAAUCAAAGUUUGCUGGAUAAGGCAACAAUUACGACGGCCGAGUCUGUCUAUCUCACCCUGCCGUCGAACUCAACCAUCGUUCAUCAACCUGCAAAGCUCCUACAAGCUCAAAUUCAAACCGCUCCACAAAUCCUAAACAAAACUAUAAUCAAGACAACACCCGCAGAAAUGCCCACAUUGACCACGACCGGAGCCACCAUCACCGUUCCGAUCUCUCAGCCCCAACAGCAGCAAACAAUUGCCGCCAAGAUUCAUGUGCAACCCCAGCAGCAAACGGCCACCGUACAGCAACAGGCAACGCAACAGGUUCAAGUCCAACAACACGUUCAGACCCAGCAGCAACAACAACCGCAGCAGCAACAGCAAACACAAGCAACAACCCUGCAGGAAGUGGUCGACAGUGUUGUCAGUCAGCCCAAGAAGAAGAAAAUCAAAGUGCAGCAGAUCAUCACGUCAACUCCGAAUCAAUCCGUUUCUGGUGGAACUACGACAACGGUUGUCACAGCGCAGGUCCCCCAAAGCGCAGUGGCCCAGGCAGCAGAUACGGAAAUCUACGAAACGUCCACGGAAACGUACCACAUCACCACGGCAAAAUCGGAGGAAGACAAUCGGGCACAUCAGCAGGAACAAGUUGAAACCUACGCAGAAUCGGCACAGGCUACCGGCGCUUCGCUGAAGAUGGAAAUUCCAGAAUAUAUCGACUGCGGCGAAACGAUCAACACUUCUAAUGCGAACAACGCGUCCUACAUUCAAGAAGAAAGCUACGAACUGGUCGGUGAGGCUGAACACAUCGAAAAAGAUGUGAACGACGAAGACAUGGACCAGGACGGUAUCGAGAUGGAAGCCUCGGAUAUGGAUAUGAGUCGAAUUUUCCAAGGAGCAUCAGACGAAGCGAAGGCCAAUCUACUACAAGUAUCGAACGUGACGGAGAACAAGCAGCUGCACACGUGCUGCGAGUGCCACCGACAGUUCUGCUCGAUGAACGCCAUGAAACGACACAAACUGGCCAAGCACAGUGAUCACAAGGUCUCGUACAGUUGCGUGAUGUGCAACGCGGUCUUCAAAACGAAAUGGUCCCUCUCGACGCACAAGAGCAAGUAUCAUCGUGACAAGGUAAUGGUUCUCCCGGUUAAGACGGAACUUCAAUCCGAUAGUACACCUUCUACACCUACCACCACAGCCAUAAUCAGCGCCACGACGACGGAGGGAAGCACAACGACGCAGACAGUUACGGUCCGCAAGCUCGGCCAGACCACGGUUACGCCGACCAGUGUUACCCGGAAGACCAUCCAGAUAUCCCGCGGCGGCAGCACUCCAUGAGGAAGGGUUAACCCGGUGGCCAUUGCUGCGUCGACCAGCAAGCCACCGGAACGGAAACAGCAAACUUCGGACGCUAAGAAACUAGCUAAGACAACUAAUCCAUAGAGUUGAUAACAUUUUUCAAACGCGUAUUCAACAAUGCGUGAUUUGUAAAUUACCUAAGCCCAAUUGAUCACUACAUAUAUAGUUUUUCCGACGAAGAAGAAACUCUGGCAGACAAGACCAUCAUCGGACGAUAGCUUUCCACACACUUCCUUCUGUUGGAUUUUGAUUUUGUUUUAGGUUCGAACAACAAAUCAUUUUGAAAGUUUGGUCAAAAGACGGUAAGUUAAAAUUGUGAAUGCGAAUCUAAUGUAUGUUUCCUAAUGAAUAUUAUUGCAUAUUGCAUAAAUGUAGUUGUAACAAGUAGUAGUGAGGCGGCUUAGUGAUCUUUGUAUUCUACGUCGCCGAUAGAGUAUGUUUCUCAAUACAAAUCAAAUAUUUUUAAGAUGAUGACUGUAGUAAAAUGCUUGUGAAUAAGAAA